AUCAGAGCAAGAUGGUCUCCCUAAAAGCAGUUCAAGCAUCCAAUGCAGGUCUUCGGGCGCUCCCCAAUCUUACAGCCCUCUUCGUGGGCGGCACUAGCGGCAUCGGCCAGAGCACAUUACGCCAGUUGGCUCGGCAUGCCGACAGCCCAACCGCGUAUAUCGUCGGUCGCAACCAGGCUCGGGCCUCCCCCUUCCUGUCGGAACUACACGAAUUGAGUCCCAAGGGUCGCUUCCACUUUAUCGAGGCGGAUGUUUCCCUGGCGCGUAAUGUCGACCUCGCAUGCCAGGAAAUCCUCAAGAAGGAAAAGCACCUAAACUUCCUCUUCAUGACCCCAGGAGGCAUCUCUUUGGGAGGCCGCAAUGAAACCAUCGAAGGUAUCGACUAUCUCUUCGCCCUCCGCUAUUACUCCCGCAUGCGCUUUAUCCAGAACCUUCUCCCGCUCCUGGAAUCCUCGCCCGGACCCAGCCGCGUCGUCAGUAUCUACGGUGGGGGCUUCGAAUUCGGCAUCAACACCGCCGACCUCGACCUGAAGCACAACUUCUCUCUUCUCAACGCUUACAAGCACUCCAUCACCAUGACCUCCACCAGCAUGGAACAUCUUGCGAACACCCACCCGACCGUUAGCUUCGUGCACGCGUACCCGGGUCUGGUUGGCACAAACAUCUACAACAACAGUUUUCCGUGGCCGAUUUCUUCGUUUUACAACUACGCCAUGUGGCCGUUCUUUUCGGUCAAUCUCCAGGAAAGUGGCGAGCGGCAUUUAUUCCAUCUCAGCUCGGCGCGGUAUCCGGCGAAGCAAGGCUCCGCGACUCAGGGGGUUCCCGUCGAGGGUGACGUGGCGACGGGUACUACAGGGGAAGUGGGCAGUGGUGCAUAUCUGCUUAACUGGAAGGGGGAUGUGAGUUCAAGCAACAAGACAUUGGUGCAGUAUCGGGAACAGGGGAUGUCGGAAUUGGUGUGGAAGCAUACAGAAGGGCUGUUGGAGCAGGCUGUCAGAAGAUAGGCGACAGAACACAAUUGAAUUGUAUGACUACUUUUGAUAGGACGGAG